AUGGACACUCUAUUGACAGCAGAGAUCGUAGCCAACUCGCCUCAGUUUCGGCGGAAGUCUUCCAUCUUUGUGGAUGCGAUUCAUGAUCUACCUGAAAAGGCUGAUCUGGCUCCAGCACAGCUAUACAGCACAGAAUCCGGUCGACUCUUCCACUCAGGUCGGAUUGUGAUCAUCACUGUAGGGCUACCCGCCAGAGGCAAAACGCAUAUAUCGGUGGCCCUAGCAAGAUAUCUUCGAUGGCUUGGUGUUAAAACAAGAAUCUUCCAUCUCGGUGACUACCGCCGAGCUACAAUUCCAUCUGGCGAAGAUAUGCCAGAUGACUACUUCUUCGUGAACGGCAAGUCUUCAUCGGCUUCAUCAGUUCUUCUUCGUCAAAAGAUCGUAAGGAAAUGUAGAGAAGAUAUCUACCAUUUCUUGAACCACGAAAAUGGACAGAUUGCAAUCUACGAUGCUGUUAAUCCAUUACCAUCUGGGAGGCGAUCACUAGCAAAAGAGUUCGCAAAGCACGAUAUUGAGACCCUUUUCAUUGAGUCAUGGUGUGACGAUGAACGUAUCAUCGAAGAGAACGUUCGUCGAGUCAAGAUUUCCUCCCCGGAUUAUGUUUCGUGGAACCCGGAGGAUGCAGUCAAACACUAUUUGACUCGCAUUUCGUCUCGUAUUCCCCAGUUCCAAACUAUGGAAGAAAAGGAUCUGAACUAUAUCAAGAUGAUCAAUGCCGGAGAACGCCUGAUCAUCAAUAACCAAAGCUUUGGCUAUUUAUCGAACCGAAUCGUUUUCUACCUUCUCAAUCUCCAUAUCAAAUCUCGCCGGACCUAUUUUGCUCGGGCUGGUGUUUCCUUAGAAGCAGAUUCAUACAAAGCCGAUGCCUCUCUUUCUGAGCAAGGGGAAGAUUAUGCCAAGAAGAUGACUGAAUGUCUCCUGGCUCACCGAGAGAGUGAACACAGAGCCACAGGAGAGCAGGGCGAAACAGGCUACGAAGCAAGACCCCUAAAAGUUUGGACAUCAACAAGACGUCGAACGGUGGAAACAGCUAAGUACCUUUAUGAGAAAGGAUACACCGUGCGGCAGCGACCUCAGAUGAGCCAACUUCACCCAGGAGUGUGUGAAAAGAUGUCAGAAGAACGGAUUCGAGCUGAGUACGCUGAUGAGGUCUUGAAACACGAACUUGACCCCUACCAUCAUAGAUAUCCUCGCGCCGAGUCAUACCAUGAUUUGGCCGUUCGCCUCGAGCCAAUCAUCCUGGAGUUGGAGCGUGAGCAGAAUGACCUGCUCAUUAUCGCCCACGAGAGUGUUUUGAGAGUCUUAUACGGCUAUCUUAUGGCUUGUAAUGCCGCCGACAUCCCGUUCCUAGAGUUCCCCCGGGAUGAAAUCAUCGAGAUUAUUCCCGAAAGCUACCAGAACGAAGCACGCCGAAUCCAUAUACCUCAACUUCCGCAGGAGAUUGUGCCUGCAUCACCGGAAGAUCUGAAAAUUCCAGUUCCACCAAGCGGCAUCGUUUCUCCUAUACAGGGAUUGAACAGCCCUCAGGGUGGUGCUUCUACUCCGCAGAGUGGGUUGCGCACGCCAAGUGGAAUUCGAACCCCCCGCGAGCCGGAACGUAUCCUGCAAGAGCACGUCGAAGACGUUGUCUAA